AUGGGGAAGGUGGCGGUGAGGGUUGCGGUGGGGAUGGCAGUGGUGGCGGCUGUUGCGGCGGUGGUGGUGAGGAGGAGGAUGAGGAAAGAUGGGAAAUAUGGUAAGGCGAUGGGAAUAGUGAAGGAGCUGGAAGAGAAGUGUGGAACACCCAUUGGGAAGCUAAGACAGGUGGCUGAUGCCAUGACUGUGGAGAUGCAUGCUGGGUUGGCAUCUGAGGGUGGCAGCAAGCUCAAGAUGCUCAUCAGCUAUGUGGAUAAUUUGCCUACUGGGAAUGAAGAAGGAUUGUUUUAUGCAUUAGAUCUCGGUGGAACAAACUUCCGUGUGUUAAGGGUGCAGUUAAAGGAUGGUGGUAUAGCUAACCAAGAAUUUGAGGAGGUGUCGAUUCCUGCAAAUCUGAUGACUGCGACUUCAGAUGCACUAUUUGACUAUAUUGUAGCCGAACUUGCAAAAUUUGUCGCUCAAGAGAGUGAAGAAUUUCAAGUUGCUCCUGGAAAACAAAGGGAACUCGGCUUCACCUUCUCAUUUCCUGUGAUGCAAUCAUCCAUAAAUUCCGGGACCCUUCUUAGGUGGACAAAAGGCUUCUCUAUAGACGAUACAGUUGGCCAGGAUGUGGUAGCAGAGUUGACAAGAGCCAUGGAAAGACAGGGCCUUGAUAUGCGUGUCACUGCUCUUGUCAAUGAUACUGUUGGAACAUUAGCUGGAGGGAAAUAUUUCAAUAAGGAUGUUGUUGCGGCUGUGAUCUUAGGUACUGGAACAAAUGCUGCUUAUGUAGAACGUGCACAGGCAAUACCAAAAUGGCAUGGUGUUCUACCUAAAUCCGGGGAGAUGGUUAUCAACAUGGAAUGGGGUAACUUUAGGUCAUCACAUCUCCCGUUGACUGAGUACGAUCACGCUUUGGAUGUUGAGAGUUUAAACCCAGGGGAGCAGAUUUUCGAGAAGAUAAUUUCUGGUAUGUAUUUGGGAGAAAUUGUACGAAGAGUUCUAUUGAGGAUGGCCGAAGAAGCUGCCUUUUUCGGGGAAACUGUUCCAGAAAAACUCAAAGUUCCAUUCAUAUUGAGGACACCUGACAUGUCAGCCAUUCAUCAUGACACAUCUUCUGAUCUUAAUGUGGUAGCGAAAAAGUUUACAGAUAUUUUAGAGAUCCCUAACACCUCCCUCAAAGCGAGAAAAGUGGUUGUUGAGAUCUGCAACAUAGUGGCAACACGGGGUGCCCGACUUGCAGCUGCUGGGAUCUUGGGUAUCCUAAAGAAAUUGGGAAGAGACGUAGCCAGGGAUAGGGAGAACCAGAAGACAGUGAUAGCCUUGGACGGUGGAUUGUAUGAGCACUAUACUGAGUACAGCAAGUGCUUGGAGAAUACACUUGAUGAAUUGCUUGGUGACGAAGUUACCAAAAGCGUUGUGAUCGAACACUCCAACGAUGGCUCAGGCAUUGGAGCCGCCCUCCUUGCUGCGUCCCAUUCACAGUACCUUAACUACCUUGAAGUUGAAGAGUAAUGAGAAUUUGCUGAAACCUUCUUCUUUUCUGGCAUAAUGUAGAUAGCUUCUUGCAGUUUCACUUGCUGGUGAUUUUGCCCUGAUAUGUUCCUGGUUUUAUUGUGGUUCCAAUAUAGUUAGUUUAGGAGAAUUAGAUCAACAUAAUGAAUCUUAAAUUGUGGCUUGCAGAGAAGAACAAUUGAUAAGCAGGCGUAGCUAGCUCUUCCUCAACUCUUUGGACCCUAUUUUUCCUUCUUUUCUCUUGGUUCCUACAUCAGAAAAAUAAGAGGAUGAUGAAUUUCAAAUA